GAUAAGAAGUUGGUCUCAAGACAAGCCUGGUCAUGCAGUGUAAAGUCCUCGUCUAUGUCGGCCUCCUGACUUUCAUAAAGCAUGCGUCUCCAAGUAAAAUAGUGGCCAGCCCAAACACAAAUGCAACCCUGCCCUGCAAUGUGACGUUCCCUCUUUCUGUAACGGGGGACAAAAUAGACAAGUCUCUCAUCAAAGUCAGCUGGAUAAGUAACGGCUCAGAAGUCGCCUCAUUCAGUGAAGCGGCGACACAAAUAAAGGAAGGCUUCAGUUGGGACACCGGUGAUUUUGUCAAUGGGGACUUUUCACUGACCGUCCUCAGAGCCGGUCUCGACCUGCAGGGGUUGUAUGAAUGCACCGUCGGCUACAACUUCACAAUGCUGCGAUCCCGCAAUGUUACACUUAGCAUCCUUGCUUCCCCGACUCUCUCGAUCCCUCAGCUGUGGGUGGUGUUGGAAAAAGAGAGCCAUCUUAAAUGCCAUGCCGAGGGUUUCUACCCUCCUCCUGUCUUUUUCUCCUGGACCAAAGAUGGGCAAGUAAUUCAACCUCCCUACAAUGUUGAAGGUGAACAGAGUCCAGAUGGGUACUACAUGGCUGUGGGCAACCUGACUUUCUACCCUUCCCGUGAGGACCAGAAUGUGACCUUUGGCUGUAAAGUGUCACACAAUGGCAGCUAUCAGGAGCUGGAUUUCCAACUCAAUGUCACUUAUCCCCCUUCUGUCACACUUUCUGCCCUGCCCUCGCGCUCCAACAACAUUCCUCUAACUCUAUACUGUGAUGUGGAGAGUUUUUACCCAGAGGAAGUGUCUGUGUCCUGGCUUCAAAAUGGCACAGUCCUCCCUGAGCCCCCCGCCACUGAGCAGAACCCAGAUGGGACCUACAGAACCAGACGCUAUUAUACUUUGACCCCCGAGCAGAGGGACCAAAGUGGGAAGGUGGAGUGUGCAGUAAACCAACCUGGGGGAUUGUACCCGGUCAGCGGCUCAGCGUACCUGGAGAAAUUGGAUCCACAAGAUGAGCCUCCAGUGUUGACUAAAUCAGCCAAAGCAUCUGUGGCUCUGAUGUGUAUUUCUCUGGUACUGGUCUUCCUUCUCUGUUUUGGCUUCUCGUGGAGGAGGAGGGAUGAGAAACAAAAGUCCCUGAGUGUGUCAGGGAUCAUCCUCCCCCCACGCGUGAUUGUAGGUCAAAAGGGCAGGGUGACAGUGAGUAUUGAAGGCAGGAGGGUGGACCGAGUCCAGACUGCAUGGUACCUAAAUGACACCCCAAUCACUGACACUUCCUUCACAGUGUCAGAGAAAGGUCCCCUGCUGUCCUCCAGAGGCGAGAUGGGUUACUACAAGCUGCACACUCAGGGGCCGCUGCACUCAUCUGGAAGUGGCACUCAACAGCUGAUCUCCUCGCUCACCUUCAUCCCCCAGAUUUCCGUCCACAAGGGGGCGGUGUUUAAGUGUCAGGUCUCCUACAUAGGCAAAGAUAAGAUUGUGGAGGAGAGGGUGUCAGAGAAGUUUACAAUUCUGUCUGCUCCAGAAGUAUCAGAAAUUCAGCUGGCAGAGACACAAAAUAACUCUGAAGUAAUUAGCAUGACAGUAAGAGCAUCACAUUUCCAUCCGGACGUCAUUACCUUCCGCUGGUUCUGCGAGGGGGGUGAGCUGAGUCCUGUGGCCUCCCAGGCUUCAUCCUCCCCUCGACCCAACUCUGAAGGCUUCUUUUCAGCUUUCAGCCAGUGUAAACUGCCCCAGAGUGAAUUGGAAAAGGGAGGCACUAAAGUGUGGGUCAGUGUCCACCACAUCGCCCUGAAGCAACCGGUCACCCGCGAGACCAGAGGGUUCAUCAAGAGCCCGUGCAUUUCUGAAAUCGUCAGCUCCACCUCUGCCACAGAUCAGACCCUGGGAUGUGAAAUCACAGACUUCCACCCUCCGAACAUAUCCGUCACCUGGCUGAAGCUCAGAGAUGGGGAGCGAGAUGACAGAGAGGAGGAAGUGAUAGAGGGAGGAGAGAUGUGGGGCCCCAUACAGACUCAUCCCAGACUCUACAGGGCCACAGCCAUUCUGAAGAGAAGGGCGACAAAUCAGGAGAAAAAGGAGAGAGGAGGAGGGAUUAUUUGCAGAGUGGAGCAUUGUUCCCUACCCGAGCCUAUUGAGAGACACUGGAGAAAUUUUGACAUUGUUGCUCCCUUCAUUCCUCCGUCGAUCUCAGUGUGCUGGAGCAGCGAAGGGGUUGGUGUGUUCUCUCUCCUGCUGAAGGGAGGUCACCCAAAGGUCACAUUAGUCUGGGCAGCGGGGGGACCCACUCUCUCACCAUUGGUGUCCAGUGAGACAGAGGAGUUAAGUGAUGACGGACAGAGGGAGCUGAAAAGUGUGUGCGCCCUGGAGAGGUCCACAAGCCUGCCAAGUCAGACGAGCAAACAGCUGGAGAGACCAAAGAAUGGACACGCAAUAAAAACAAGAGCUGCUGUCACAGACCCUGACGCUGAAGGAAUAGAAUACAUUGAUGGGGAGAAUAACAACAUUGACAGGGAUGAGGAAACAAAGUCAGAGGUGGAUGAGGACAGUGACAAAGAAAGAGAGGACGACCCAGGCGCACUGCACAUCAACAGAGUCAGCUUGAGGAGGAGUCCUAGAGAAAAUGAGAGAGCGCCUUUUAGAGUCUGCGUGGAGAUCACACACCCUGCACUCAAGUUUCCUGUUUAUCGAACCUGGACAGAGUCCAAUGAGGAAAUUUCAUCUUCUGCAUGAAAUCCCUGUCGCAUGGAAGAGUUCCUCUCUGUUUCAUGUAUCCCAUGUAAUAUAUCUAAUAUAUAUAUAUCUAUAGUAAAUAUAAAGUAGUAGUCAUGGUUUUUAGGAUAUACAACUGUCUUUGCUAUGAUCAACAAAUGUGGUUUUGCUUUCAACAGUUCUAGUCUUUAUUUAUUACUUUAUGUUCUUAAUCAGUCACCCAUUACUUUUUUUUCCAACUGCAUAAUUUUUUAUAAAUGUUCAUAUUUUUGUACAAAGAAUUUUACAAUAAUAAUCCAGUUCUGUGGAUUUUUUUUUUUUUUU